AUAUGAUAUUUUGAUCUGAAGAGAAUAGUUGACUCAUAUAAGUGCCAAAAUUUUGAAUGAGUUUCAGUAUCUCAAAGCUUAUCAGGAAGACUAAGAACUGGAUCUGUUAUAUGAAAUGCAAUUCAUAGCAUUCCAUGAAAUUGUAAAUUGACAAAUGGCUUGAACAAGACACAGGAACAAGAAGCAUUCCACUCCUUAUGUACUCACUAUGAAAGAUUCAUUUUUUGAUUAUUUAAUCAAAUCAUGAGGCUUCAGCAGAGUUUUAAAGGAUUUGUAAUCACUCUUCCCUUUCUGUUUCUUUUGGUACAGUUUUUGAUUAUUUAUCAAAUCAUGAGGCCUCAGCAGAGUUUUAAAGGAUUUGUAAUAAUUCUUCCCUUUCUGUUUCAUUUGAAAAUGUUGAUAAUGUUGCAGUCAUUCAUCAAGAAAGCUUUUGCUUGUGAGCCAGCUGAAUAUCUUAUACAAGGAGAAUGUUGCCCAAUGUGUUCAGCAGGUAGCAGAGUAUAUAAGCAUUGCACUGCAGACUCUAGUACAGUAUGUGUCCCCUGUGUAGAUAAAACUUAUACUGAUCACCCAAAUGGCCUACCUGAAUGUGAAGUAUGCAGGGAUUGCGAUGAAGGUCUUGCUCUUAUGAAAAUUCAAGAAUGUACACCUACAUCCAACACAAUAUGCAGUGUUUUGCCUGGGUAUUUCUGCAUAGUAUCUUCUGGUAGCAGCUGUACUAUUGGCCAGAAACAUCAAAGCUGCAGUCCAGGACAGUUUAUCUCAAGAAAAGGAAAUGCAAAAGAAGACACACAGUGUGAAGACUGUCCAGAAAAUACAUACUCAAAUGGAACAUUAACUAAGUGCGAGAAACAUAUCAAGGCUUAUGGGACGAUUCAUAAAGGAAAAGCACCUGGAAGAAGCUUCAACCACAAUGAAGCAGCUUCAUGUUCCUUUUCAGGACAGCAAUUUGCACAAGGACAAUUCUAAGAAUGACAUUGAAUUAGCAGCAGAGGCUACACUAAAACAAGUGAGGUCUUCCAAAAACAUUUCAGAAAAGCAGAUACUACAGAUGAAGAUAGACUGCAAGAUGCUACUGAUUACACUCCUUGAGAAGUUGAUAAAGGCUCCAGUGCAUCACACAUUAAUGAGAAGCACGAAGUGCCUUGACCCAAGAUGCAUGUCUGAAUCGAAGGAGCUAUGCGCCAGUCAGUUGAAAAGAAUGCUGCGCAUACUUGUUGAAGCUAAACACAUAGAUGAGGCAAUGUGUGAUGAUGUCCUUAUAGAGAAUUUAGGGAGUUCUGUGAUUUGGAAGCUCUUCAGGCAAAAUUUAGGGAAUUUUACCCCAAAAUAGAUCUAGUAGACACUCUGCUGUAUGAGACAAUGGGGACAAAAACAUAAUUUUCCAGAGUGUGGAAUGUGGUCAAGAUUUUACUGGUCUUGUCUCAUUGCACAGGCCAGCAUGGAGCGAGGGUUUUCCAUUAACAAAGAACUGAUUGUGGUGAAUCAGAAGUAGAGGUCUCUGGUGGCUCAGAGGCUCAUUAUUGACCAUGUCAGGUCUGUCUGAGGCAUAACCAAGGUGGAGAUAAGAAAAGAGCUACUCCUUUCAGCUGCAGGAGCCAGACAGAAGUAUUGUACUAUGCCUACCUGAAUGAGGAGAAGAGAAAGAAAGAACAGCAAGGUGUUGAGUUGAAGUGGAAGACCCUCAAAGUGAGCUGCAUGAAUUGAAAAUGAAGAGGGCUAGAAUGGAGACUGACAUUUGUAUCCUCGAGAAAUCAGCUGAUUAAUAUGCUGAGAAAGCAGAAGCUACAAGCAAUUUGACCUUCAUCACUAAAUCCAACAGUUUGCAGCGUACUUCAAAAGAAAAGAAAGCAUCUCUGCUGAAUAUUGAAAAGCAUAUUGAUGAAAAGGUUACAGAAAUGAGAUAAUGAACUUUGUAUGGAUUGUUUUUUGCGGGAUUCAAAGAAAGAAGGCUGUCAUUUGUUAACAUUAAUUUUUUAUUCCAAUGGACAGUUUCCACCCUGAUACUACUGCCUUCUGAAGUUAAUAUCAGUGUUACUGAACACUUUUGCUUAUUUCUAUUUCUUUUUUAUAUGUAUGGCCGGAUCUACUAUCAG